AUGCAGCUCCAAUGGGACCCAGUGCGCCAGCUGUCCUCUGAGAUGCCACCUGGAUUGCCUGGGGUUCCUUCCAGCGGCACAGAUCUUCCAAAAUGCGGCGUGGAGUACUGCCUCGAGACGCGCCUGGAGUCAAGCGGGGCAGGGCCGUCUGGUGCAAGUCAAGCACCCUGGCAGAUCUGCUACCGUGGCAAGGAUAUUGUCACCCAGGUGCGCGACCUCCGGCCAGGGCGGAAGUAUGCUUUUCGAGUCGUGGUGCACGCUGUGGUGGUGCCACCAUAUGGGCAGCCGCCAGCACAGCCCCCUUCGACUGUGGUGGUAUUUGAGACAGUGCCCACAGUGCCCGCACUUCCUCCACCGCCAGAGCCCACCAGAAAAGAACGCACUGCACUGAUGGUGAAGUGGAUUGAGCCUAAAGAGACUGGGGGCCGAGAUAUCACAGAGUUCCAAGUGCAGAUGAGGCCGUCAGCUGCACAGCCAGAGGCAUUUGUGGAAGUCUACAAAGGGAAAGAGAUGAAGCAGCGAUUCCCACAGUUGCAGCCAGCCACAGAGUACACCUUCCGCGUGAAGGCAAUCAACAGUGAGGGGGACUCGGACUGGAGCGAGGAGGCAAGGAUCAGGACAAAGGCAACGGUGCCAGAUCAACCCGAUGCGCCAAAUCUGCUGUCUGCAGGGCCCACUUUAGUCACGCUGCACUGGCCUGCCCCCAGCCACAAUGGAUCCGAGAUCGAACAGUACCUUCUGGAACGUGACAAUGGGGACGAGGGGGAGUGGCAAGUGGCAUACCGAGGGCCCAUGCAGCUUGUGGAGGUGUCUGGACUGCGCAGCGCAACCGCAUACCGUUUCAGGGUGGAAGCACACAAUGAGGCGGGAAAGAGUCUGCCGAGCGCGGUCGCGUGCAUAAAGACAACCAGCACCACGGCGCGUGCUCCCGGGGUGCCCACAGUCAUGGGCAACAACCGCACGUCCGCGAGCCUCUGCUGGGAAGAACCAGAGGACGACGGCGGGAGCCCCAUCGAGAGCUACGAGGCAGAGCUGCAGCCCAAGUGCAGGGCGGCCAUCGAGGGCGGCAUGGAAGACGAGUGGAGUAUUGUGUACCAGGGGAGCGCAAAGACGUGCCAGGUGGGGAAUUUGCGCGCGGGCUGCUUAUACAGGGUGCGGGUGCGCGCGAAAAACGGAGAGGGCUUCGGCCCGUACUCGCUGCCGGCAGAUGUGCGCACCUCGGCGGACAUCCCGGAGCCGCCGCCGGCGCCGCACGCUGAGUCAGCCUCGUCCGAUGCCCUGUCAGUCACCUGGGACGCCCCUGACUACGACGGCGGCUCUCGCAUCACCUCCUACAGGCUGGAGCUUUGCAGAGUCGGCCCGACGGAUGUCUGGGACUCGGGUGCGAGCAAGGGAAAGCGAAACGGGGAGCAGCGGUUCUCGAGUGUGCCCCUGGAGGAUGGGGGCCUUGGGCGAAGCGCAGAGAUCGACUCGCUCGACCCCGGCAAUGAGUACCUCCUCCGCGUGUUUGCCACCAAUGGGGAGGGCUCAUCUCUGCCUUCUGCUGUGGGCAAGCUGUGCACAAAGGCUGCGCCGCCGGUGGCGCCGGAUCCGCCGCACAUGGGUGUGCAGGCGGCGGCGGCCAAUGCGCUACAGCUGGCUUGGAGCGCGCCCUGGGCCAACGGCGCCCCUGUCACCGGCUACACCCUCGACAUGGCGCGCGCCGACACGCUGCAGCCUGCAUCCGGCCCUGCCCCUACCCAGGAGAGCGCUGGGGACCAGGACUGCGUGAGCGCAGGGAGCGGCGGGCCGGCGGCUGCCGGCUACGCGGCCUCCUCGGCAGCGUCAUCCGCCGAUGGCGAGGACGUCGCCUCCACGUCCGACCAGGCCCCCCGCCCGCCCAGGCAGCGCGGCGGCCGUCGCAGCAACCCCUACUCCGCAGUCUACUCGGGGCCUGAAACCUCCUACAGAGUCGAGGGUUUGGAUCCCUUCACAGAGUACGCGUUCAGACUACGGGCGUCGAACAGCGCUGGCCGCAGCGGCUGGAGCCCCCCGGUCACUCUGCGGACGGCUUCGGGGCCUCCCACCGGCCCCUUAUCAGUCACAGCUGACGGGUCGUCUUGCUCGAGCAUAGUGGCCGGCUGGAGCGAGCCUGAGCAGGAUUAUGGCGCGCCCAUCACCUGCUACCAGGUGGAAGGACUGCGGCCAGGGCGGGAGUAUGUGGUGCGGGUGAGGGCAUGCAACAGCCGGGGGCAGGGCCCCUGGAGCACACCCGUCUCUGCCGAGACACUGCCGGCGCCGCCCGCCGCGCCCUCUGCGCCCGUAGUUAGCCAGCGCACUGCCUCCUGGCUGCGCUGCCGCUGGGACGCCCCUGCGGAAGACAACGGCGCCGCUGUGCUGCACUACAGGCUGGAGAUGGCGGAGGAGGAUGGGGAGUGGGUGGAGGCCUGGAGGGGGACCGGCACGGUGGCCAGGGUGGGGGACCUGGCGGCAGGCAGGCAGUACAGCUUCCGCGUGGCUGCCAGCAGCGCCGUCGGCGAAGGACAAUUCAGCCGGCCCACUGCCGCGCGCACCCUGCUGCAGCCGCCGCAGCCGCCGCGCAACCUCCACCUGCAGCCCACCCUUGAAUGCAGGCCGCUUGGGUUUGUGGUGCGGUGGGAGCUUGAGGAGCGGUGUGGCACGCAUGCGGACGCGGUCAGCCACGAGGUCCGGGCACGGAGUGUGGGUGUGGAUGGCGCGGGGCACAGCGCAUGGAGCGAGCCGGUCAGCGCGGCAACUCCUGGCGAGCGCGCACAGCUGGCAGUUGCCGCAGCCAGCGGCGCUGCAGCGGCGGCCGACUCCGACGGCGCCACGCCGAAACGGCGCAAAGCCAAGAAGUUGGCCGCGGAGCGCGAGCUGGCCCUUGCAGACCCCAAGACCAAGGCGAAGGCGGCGUUGGGUCGGAAGCAGGUGGAGCAGCAGCUGCGCAGCAAGCGCACGCCUGUGAUCCCCAAGCGCAUGCGCCGAAUGCUCAAGCGCGCGCUCGGCUUCGCGCUUUUCUUUGGCGCCCUCUUCCUCCUGUUCACCUUUGCCUACCGGGAUUCCGCCCUCAGCAGCCAGGCCUACAAGCUCGCCAUGAAGACCCGCGAGGCCCAGCACAAAAAGGCUGCGGCGCGGGUAGCGGUGGAGAUGGAGCAGGCGGAGCAGGAGAAUGCAGAGAGGAUGAGCAUGGAGCGGCUGAGGGAGUGGCAGGAGGCUCUGCAGGCGCGCCGGGAGACCCAGGGCACUGGCAAGGCCAAGCCGAUGCGCUUUGGGGAUGACCCCUUUGAACACCUGCCACCGCACAUCUCCAUCCACGACUUCCACUUUGAUUGA